AUGACGAAUGCUAGAGGAACGGCUUCAUCGACAUCAUCUUCUGCAGCCACAUCGACUGGUGUAUUAAUGGUUGGACCAAAUUUUAAGGUCGGAAAGAAGAUUGGUUGUGGAAAUUUUGGUGAAUUACGAUUAGGUAAAAAUCUUUACAAUAAUGAACAUGUUGCGAUAAAAUUAGAACCAAUGAAAAGUAAAGCGCCACAACUUCACCUCGAAUAUCGAUUCUAUAAGUUAUUAGGACAAAAUGAAGGUUUACCUCAAGUUCAUUAUUUUGGACCUUGUGGUAAAUAUAACGCGUUAGUUAUGGAAUUAUUAGGACAUUCAUUGGAGGAUUUGUUCGAUUUAUGCGAUCGGAAAUUUUCAUUGAAAACUGUUUCAAUGAUUGCCAUGCAACUUAUUAAAAGAAUAGAAUAUGUACAUUCCAAACACCUCAUUUAUCGCGAUGUGAAGCCAGAAAAUUUUCUUAUUGGAAGACAUUCGACACGCAAGCAACACUUAUUACAUAUAAUUGAUUUUGGCUUGGCAAAAGAAUAUAUUGACUGUGAUACUGGUAAGCAUAUUGCUUAUCGGGAGCAUAAAUCGUUAACUGGAACUGCGAGGUAUAUGUCGAUAAAUACUCAUCUAGGAAAAGAACAAAGUCGGCGAGAUGAUUUGGAAGCACUUGGACAUAUGUUUAUGUAUUUCCUUCGUGGAUCACUACCAUGGCAAGGCCUUAAAGCUGAUACAUUAAAGGAGCGGUAUCAGAAAAUUGGUGACACGAAAAGGUCGACACCAGUUGAAGUUCUUUGUGAAGGAUUUCCUGAUGAAUUUGCUCAAUACUUACGAUACGCUCGCCGAUUAGAUUUUUUUGAGGCACCUGAUUAUGAAUAUUGCUAUAAUUUAUUUAAAUCAGUUCUUGAUAGGCUCGGCUAUACGUGUGAUUAUGAAUUCGAUUGGACAAUGAAGCUUAAUCAAGUGUCUACACCAUCUGGUUCGUUGCAUACUAGCGACGGAAUUCAUAAAGUUGAUGUAAAGCGAGGUGCCACUAAAGGACGUGAAGAUGUAUUAAAACCUUCAAAUACUGGUGAUCAAGUAGCUGGUGGUUUCGGCUCAACGCAGGUGAUCAAUUCAGCAACUGGUGAAAUGGCAGAAGACCCCGGUGGAAGAUCCCAGCAGCCUAUUAAUUAUAAUGAAGAUAGUGGUGAAGUGAAGUGUUGUUGUUUUCGUCGUAGAAGGCGAAAAACACCACAACAGCAGAAACAAUGA